AUGGCUUUCUGUUCUGAUUUCCAAGCAGAACUUACUGCAUGGUGUAAGGAGGCUGUGUUAGAUGAAACUCAUGCUAUUUUGCUGAUAGGGGUUCCUGUUGAGCUUGAUGUGGCUCAGGUUGAGGAGGCUGCUCAAACAGUGAAAGCCUGGGGCAGAGUCCGUGUAAGAGCUACCAAAACAGAGGGGGGAGAUCCCUGGAAAGUGGUAAUUGUCCAAGAGGGUGAUACCAAUGCAGCAGAGUUUGCAGAAAAACUGGCAAUGUUUCUGACUAAUGAAGGAAAGUCUUUGUUGGACUUACAGUCCAAGUGUUCUUUUCCUAUACCUCCUGGGGAAGAAACUAUGGAAAGCUGGGUUGACCAAGCUCGCAUGAUGAUCUCAGAGUGUGAGUGCUCUGAAAAAGAAAAGAGACGGCGACUCAUAGAGAGCUUAAAAGGGCCCGCUCUGGACAUAGUUAAAGCAGUGAGAUUCUCCUGUCCUGAAGCAGAUGCUCUGAAAUAUAUAGAGGCCAUAGAAAAUACUUUUGGAACCUCUGAAUCAGGCGAAGAUUUGUACUUUGCUUUCCGUCUUCUCCGCCAAUCGCCAGAUCGAGUGAGAGUAGAACAACUGAUUAGAGGAGCAGUAGAGUCUGACAUGAUGCUUCUACAGCUAAGGCUGCGAGAAAGGAAAAUGCAACCACCUACUUUCUUAACUCUUUUAAAUGAGAUACGAGAAGCAGAGGAAGGUGAAGCUGCCAGACAAAAAAUUAAAGCUACAGUAAAAUCAUUGCAGUGUCAAGAACAAAAACUCAGUGUUGCAGUUGUGAAUGAGCUAAGAGCGGAAAUUCAGGAUUUAAGAGCAAAACUAGUGGAUGAGCCUGUAAAAAUUUCCACCAAUGCCUAG